GCUGAUUGUAUAACUAAAGUAUACGUUAUUGUGCAGCAGCAACGUGUAUGUAUAUAGUAAAAUACUCACUAGCGUACAAUUGAAUGCAUGAUCAAUGGUUAGAUUUGUAAGAGAUUCGAAGAGAAAAUAAUUAACGCAGUGCGUUCUAUUGUCACUCCAAGUCAGGAUUGACUGUAAUUACUAAUUAUCAGGGGAAAAAAGUUGAGCGACGUUACAUCCAAAGCACGGGCGCAGUCUUCGACCGGUGGCGUAAGUUCGAACAAUGAACAUAUUAAACAAUGUGUCGUCGGCUUUUUGGUCGACCGAUAUUUGGUUACCGCCUAAUAUAACAUGGGAAGAUAUCAAACCGACUCCAGAAAACAAAUAUGCAAAUUAUCAACAUUUAAUUUAUCCUUUGCCUAUGGCACUAAUUCUUCUGGUCAUCAGGUUCGCCUUCGAAAGGUAUUGUUUCGGACCAUUUGGGAAAUCCCUUGGUAUAAAAAAUACAAGGCCAAAGAAAGCAACGUCUAAUGAUAUUUUAGAGAAAGCUUAUAUUUGUAGAAAAGUUAAAACUACUACACAAAUUCUGGCACUGGCUAAGCAACUAGAUUGGUCUGAACGACAAGUAGAAAGAUGGUUACGAUUGAGACGAGCUCAGGACAAACCAUCAACGCUUACAAAGUUCUGUGAAAAUAGCUGGAGGUGUUUAUAUUACACUUACUCUUUCAUUUAUGGUGUUAUAAUUUUAUGGAAUAAACCAUGGUUAUGGGAUAUCAAGUACUGUUAUUAUAAUUAUCCAUAUCAUCCAGUUACUGAUGAUAUGUGGUGGUACUAUAUGAUAUCUAUGGCAUUUUAUUGGUCUUUAAGUUUCUCUCAGUUCUUUGAUGUCAAAAGGAAAGAUUUCUGGCCAAUGUUUAUUCAUCAUAUAGCUACAAUUAUAUUAAUGUGCUUUUCUUGGGUUGGGAACUUGACCAGAAUUGGAUCCUUAGUAUUAUUGGUGCACGAUUGUGCAGAUAUUUUUCUAGAAGCUGCAAAGAUGACUAAAUAUGCUAAUUACCAAAAAUUAUGUGAUUGUAUUUUUGGUAUUUUCACGAUUCUGUGGAUUAUUACACGUACUGGUUUUUAUCCAUUUUGGAUAAUUUAUAGCACAUCAAUAGAAGCACCUAAGAUUGUUCCAAUGUUUCCAGCAUAUUAUAUUUUUAAUUCUCUUUUAAUCUUAUUAUUAUUCCUCCAUAUGAUGUGGACAUACCUAAUUCUUAAAAUCGCAUACAACGCUUUCUAUGCUGGUCAAAUGGAGGGUGACAUUCGUAGUAGUAGUAGCGAAGAUAUUUCAGAUGCGUCCGUGGAUAGUACUUCAUUAAAUAAUACUACAAAUUAUGUUGCUAAACAGAAUUCAAGACAAAAAGUUCACUAACAAAUAACUUUUUGAAAAAAAGUUUAUUGUACCAGUAAUAAGGCAAAAAUCCAAAUAUUUAGCCAGGCGCUAAUUUAUUUCAGCAACUAUAACGAAGCCUUGCAUUUAUUAUGGAAUAAUAAGUCGAAUCUUUGAUGAAGUUAGACACAGA